AUGACGAUGCUGGAGGAACACGGAAAAUGGGUAACACGCGCGAAGAGAAGAGAAACGGCCGCCAUCCCGAUGUAUCCCAUUGCAUCUUCGAACUCCAAUGGAUUGAGACGUACUUGGGAUCUCCAGCAUAAGAAUCUUGUGGCAGUAACUGGUAGCCGAGACUUUUCUUAUUAUAUCAUCAUCAAUGCAGCUUCUAACUUGAUGGAAACCGACAGCGUCGGUGGACAGCCUUUCAAUGUGGCUUUGGAUAGCGGCUCUGCAGACUUGUGGAUCGAGUCUUCUAACUGCACGAUCCCUGGGUGCUCUGGGGUGCAUCAAUACUCUGCUUCACCUACUUUAUUCUUAACGGGUUUGAAGUUCAAGAUAUCGUACCUCGCUGGUCUCGUCUCCGGGACUAUUAUCAAGGAUACCGUUCGCCUCGCUCAAUAUGAGGUGUACUCACAAAGCUUAGGUAUAUCCCUUUCAGAUUUCCCCCAAAUGCCAUGGCUUCAACAAACCUGUUCUCAAGCGUUAGCAACGAACAUCACGAAUAUCGGACUCUCUCAAAUGGGCAUCAGCGGCAUGUUCGGACUAGCUUUUCCGAAUAUAGCCGCCAUCUCGACAGACCUGAGUAUUCCUCUGAUAUUCAAUAUUCUGAGUAAUUUAGACAUCGACUCGCGUUUCUUCGCUUUCAAGUUGGGCAGAGAUGUUGGUAAUAUACUUGGUCAAUCAUCUUUUACCAUCGGCCAGCAUGAUCCUGUCGUUUCAGAUCCCGCAGCGAUUCGUUACAUCCCCGUCUAUCCGAAAGACCUCUCAACUAACACGUACGAUUACUGGAAGAUCCCUCUCGAUGCCAUCAUCGUCAACAACCAAUCCCUCCCGCUCUCAAGGUCCCGUAUCGCUUCGUCACAAUCUCCCGUCUGCGUCUUCGAUUCCGGAACCUCUCUCAUGGUCGGACCUACAUCGGACGUCAAUCUGUUAUAUUCAAUGUUAACUUUGGGGUCACCCAAGAUGGAUGCGUCGUCUGGCCAAUGGACUUUAGAUUGCAAUGUUGCUGUGGAUGUGAUCGUUAUUCUCGGAGGACGUGCCUUUCCGGUUCACCCGUUGGAUGUCAGUUGGGAUAAGCUUUCUGAUGGAAUGGAGAGGUGUGUAGGUGGGAUUCAAGCUAAUGAUGGUGUUUUAUCAGGAGAUUGGUUAUUCGGUGAUACAGUUAUGAGAAAUAUAUACACCGCUCAUUACAUCGAAACUCAUCGCUCGCCUCCCCUUUUGGGCUUGUACAGCCUGACGACACCUUCCGUGUCGUUGCGCGAAUUCAUCCUCUCAAGAGGACCACAUUUUUCUCUCGAACCAAACGCUUUCUUCUCGGAUUCAGUCCUUCAAAUAUCGUAUCCAUCCUCCCAACUUAUGUCAUCGCCCCACUCAUACUUGCCCUUAAACCUUUUCCCAAAUGGAUCGAUCCCUCUAAACUACUACGAGCAUAAUAACGGGACUGACAUUCAUGCUGAUGGCUCGGCAGAUUCGGUUGGUGGUGCAACGUGGGGUAGGGAUGUCUUUAUCUUUGUUCUUGCAGCGACAGUGGGGUUUGCGGUCGGUGCGUUGGUGAACGUUCUUCGAACGAUCUUCGUGGGUCCGAGCAGAGUUCGGAGGGAGAUGGGAGCGGAUAUCGCUUUUGCUUCUUCUCCAUCAUCAUUUUCUUCCGAUAGUGGCCGGCGUCGGUACGCUGAAGCGGGUGGAAGCGGUGAAAGGGGAGGAAAUGGCGACCAGGCCGAUGGAGAUAGGUAUACUUCUUUGAGAAGGAUGCGUGAUUCGAGCUCUAGGUCUAGGUUGAAAGUUGUGAAUGCGGGAGGUGUGAGGUCUCCUAUACCCUUCCAGAGUUUGACGAAAGGGAGUCUGCGUAGUCAGAAGGGGGAAGGUUGGGAGAGGAUCGUGGAUAGGGGAUGA